UCCCCGAGGCCGGCCGCCCGCUCGGUAUUAUGAUUAACGCUGGGUGCGGGGUUUCGGCGGCCGGGAGGGAGUUGUCGGCGCCGCGGCCGCUGCGGACGGACGGCCGCCUGCCUGCUGAGAUGUCCUUGAUGAGAUUGAAAAUGAAUUCCAUAUUUUCAUCUGGUAUUCUUAUAUGAGAAGAUCUGUUUCAGACACUCUAAACAUUUUGCCUUCUGUUGACCAGCAUGGCAGGAUUCAAGCGAGGAUAUGAUGGAAAGAUUGCUGGAUUAUAUGAUCUGGAUAAAACCUUGGGUCGAGGUCAUUUUGCAGUGGUUAAACUUGCCAGGCAUGUGUUUACAGGUGAAAAGGUGGCAGUAAAAGUUAUUGACAAGACAAAGCUGGACACUCUAGCCACUGGCCAUCUUUUCCAGGAAGUGAGAUGCAUGAAAUUGGUGCAACAUCCUAACAUCGUACGCCUUUAUGAAGUUAUUGACACCCAGACCAAACUGUAUCUUAUUCUAGAACUUGGGGAUGGAGGAGAUAUGUUUGAUUACAUAAUGAAACACGAGGAAGGUCUUAAUGAAGACUUGGCCAAGAAGUACUUUGCUCAGAUAGUUCAUGCUAUAUCUUAUUGUCAUAAACUCCAUGUGGUUCAUAGAGACUUAAAACCAGAGAAUGUAGUCUUCUUUGAAAAACAAGGUCUUGUAAAGUUGACAGACUUUGGUUUCAGCAACAAAUUUCAACCAGGGAAGAAGCUCACGACAAGCUGUGGAUCUCUUGCAUAUUCUGCUCCAGAAAUUCUGCUUGGUGAUGAGUAUGAUGCACCCGCAGUAGAUAUAUGGAGUCUCGGAGUGAUCCUGUUCAUGCUGGUGUGUGGGCAGCCGCCCUUUCAGGAGGCCAAUGACAGUGAAACAUUGACGAUGAUCAUGGAUUGCAAAUACACAGUACCAUCCCAUGUGUCUAAAGAGUGUAAAGACCUGAUCACGCGGAUGCUGCAGAGAGACCCCAAGAGAAGGGCCUCUUUAGAAGAGAUUGAAAACCAUCCUUGGCUUCAAGGAGUGGACCCUUCGCCAGCCACAAAGUACAACAUCCCCCUCGUGUCAUACAAAAACCUCUCGGAAGAGGAGCACAACAGCAUCAUCCAGCGCAUGGUGCUUGGGGACAUCGCGGACCGCGACGCCAUCGUGGAAGCCCUGGAAACCAACAGGUACAACCACAUCACAGCCACUUACUUCCUGCUUGCCGAAAGGAUCCUGCGAGAAAAGCAAGAGAAAGAAAUACAGACGCGGUCGGCCAGCCCCAGCAACAUCAAGGCACAGUUCAGGCAGUCGUGGCCCACCAAAAUCGACGUGCCCCAGGACCUCGAGGACGACCUCACAGCCACUCCCUUGUCCCACGCCACUGUCCCUCAGUCUCCCGCCCGGGCUGCCGACAACGUCCUCAAUGGCCACAGGAGCAAAGGGGGCCUGUGUGACUCGGCUAAAAAAGACGACCUCCCCGAGCUGGCUGGCCCGGCCCUGUCUGCUGUGCCACCUGCCAGCCUGAAACCCACAGCCGGGGGGCGCAAGUGUCUGUUCCGAGUGGAGGAAGAUGAAGAGGAAGACGAGGAGGACAAGAAGCCCAUGUCCCUCUCCACCCAGGUGGUCCUGCGCCGGAAGCCAUCCGUCACCAACCGCCUGACGUCUCGGAAGAGCGCUCCUGUGCUCAACCAGAUCUUUGAGGAGGGGGAGUCAGACGACGAGUUCGACAUGGAUGAGAACCUGCCCCCCAAGCUGAGCAGGUUGAAGAUGAACAUCGCGUCCCCGGGGACGGUCCACAAGCGCUACCACCGGCGGAAAAGCCAGGGCCGGGGCUCCAGCUGCAGCAGCUCCGAGACCAGCGACGACGACUCGGAAAGCCGGCGGCGGCUCGAUAAAGAUAGCGGCUUCACCUACUCCUGGCACCGCCGCGACAGCAGCGAGGGCCCCCCUGGCAGCGAGGGCGACGGCGGGGGCCAGAGCAAGCCGAGCAAUGGCAGCGGGGGCGCGGACAAGGCCAGCCCCAGCGAGAACAGUGCCGGCGGGGGCAACCCCGCCGGCGGCUCGGGCGGCAACCCUACCAACACCUCGGGCACCACGCGCCGCUGCGCCGGCCCGGGCAACUCCAUGCAGCUGGCCUCGCGCAGCGCGGGGGAGCUGGUGGAGAGCCUCAAACUCAUGAGCCUGUGCCUGGGCUCGCAGCUGCACGGGAGCGCCAGGUACAUCAUCGACCCGCAGCACGGGCUGUCCUUCUCCAGCGUCAAGGUGCAGGAGAAGUCCUCGUGGAAGAUGUGCAUCAGCUCCACGGGCCACGCGGGGCAGGCCCCGGCCGUGGGCGGCAUCAAGUUUUUCUCCGACCACAUGGCAGACACCACCACCGAGUUGGAACGGAUAAAGAGCAAGAACCUGAAAAAUAACGUGCUCCAGCUACCUCUGUGCGAAAAGACCAUCUCUGUGAACAUCCAGCGGAACCCGAAGGAGGGGCUGCUGUGUGCCUCCAGCCAGGCCAGCUGCUGCCACGUCAUCUGAGCGCCCUGGGCCCGGCCCCGGCUCCCUGCACCCUUCUCCACUUCUCGGCGGUACUGCUCGAGAGUGGGCGUCAGGAGCAAUUAUUUAUUACCUUUCCCUCGGCCCGCCCGCCGACGCGACAAUGCAUGGUCUUUGUGCAUGCUGCCAGACACUGCCUUUCUUUUGCAGCCAACACGUCUGUUGUGUAAUUUUUACAUUCAUGAUUCUAAUGUGGACGAUCAGGAUUAAAUUAAAAUGUAUAUUUGGAACGUAGUAUCCAUGGAGCACUUAGAAAUUUGAUGUUCUGCACUUAACCUAGAGAGCAAAAAAAAUGCUUUUGUUCCCUUGCGAAAAAUCUAAAUUCCUGUCCCGACCUUCUGUGAGACAGAAACCUGUGCUCUGAGGCGCACUCCCAAAGCAAUAACGCCGUGGGCGCGGGCCGGGCCGGGCCGGGGCCGGAGCAGAGCAGGCCACAAGGGCCUGCACGGAGGACGUCCCACGCCUGUUUGUCUUAAGCUACAGUGUGGACAACAGUCACAUCUCUUCAGAUUGCACUGAAGACGAUUGUCUUUUUGUAAUAGGUGAGAUAGAAAUUGAGAAGGCAGCUGCCCCUGUCAUGCUACAGGACAAGCAGACAAUCUGUGAUGUGUGACGUGAACUCUGCUCACAGUGUGUGUGUGUGUGUGUGUGUCUGUGUCUAACAGGACGAAGCACUGUUGUGUGUCAGUGCCUUCCUGGGCGGCAGACGACGGGGCCCGGGACGGAAGCAGAGGUGCCCACACAGGCUGGCAACGUCACGACUCCGUAGAGUAGAACAGAGCCAGACGAGGCUCGGUAGGACGGCUCUUUUGGGGUCUGGUGGUUAGACUGUCUCGUUAUUUCCAUUCUAGUGCAUCGUCUGGCUCAGCUAGCUGUGAAAAUUGACUCAUCAGAAAACACCCAGAAAAGGGUAAAAUUCACACAUACAGCAAACAAAAAUGCACAAAGCCUGCUUUGUAACCCUUUUUUUUUCCCCCUAGAAGUGUUUUUCCCUUUGCCUUCCUGCCAAAACAGUAUUCAAAGAACGCCUGCUUUAACCUGUUUCUGUACAAAGACUACUUCUGACCAGGUCGUCAGCUCCUGGGACAUUUACCUUGUAGGACGCAGUAUCUCCAGACUGCUAGCCUUGACGGGCCGCACGCUCCUCUUCCGUGCUGUGUGCUGGGGGUCUUCAAAGCAGUGCUUCAGGGCACAGGGGACAGGACGUGGCCGGGGCCCAGGCCCUUCCCCCACGCGCAGCUCUGGGUCACGUAAUCCGCUGUGGGCAGAGCACCAAAGACCUGCGUGAGGCGGAUCGUGGCUUCUCCAGUACGCGCCGACUGUGCCGCUUUAGGAUUGUUAUUUUACUCAGAACUCGCAAUUUCACGGUGUACUUACUAAACUAAGUAAAAAUGGUAGAUACUUCACUAUUUUUGUUUCUGGUCCUAGGCUAGACAACGUUUUGAGCUACAGCUCUAGCUCAUUGUGACGUUUAUAACCGAAUGCCAUGAGAAUAGAUGUGUGGGUGAAGCCAUAGAACACACUUGCUUGAGAUUCUUGAGCAGGGAUCUUACAAGGGGCCAGCAGUCAGACGUGGGGUCACACGGAGGGUGAGCGUGCCACCUGUGUUACACGGAAACCAAGGGGAGAGUGGACAGAGGGCCUUGGCAAUAAACUCUUGGCUGCAGCUGUUUUCCAAGCAAUGUAAAUAGUUUUUCCUGUGAUUACGGACAGCCUCGGGAUGGCACCUUUUAACUAACCCAUAUGUGUUUGGUUUUCAAUGGUUUUUUUUUAUAUUCCAAUGUAUAUAUGGUGCUCACUUUAGGAUCAGCAGUGUUGACCAUUUAUGCUGCAUAGCUGUAUCAUAGCCUUAUUAGUUGUGUGUGGUUGACCCUCUGGGUGUACAGAUGUCAGUCUGAGUGGUGUCUUAACCAUGUGUUCCCAGGUGAAUGACUGUGCAUGUGUUGUGUGUCAUAGUGUGUGUCACGUAAAAGGGAGGGAGCGAGAAACCAUGACAUUCAGAUAAUAUUGGACCAAACUGCUCACUUGCUCUAAACAUUACUUGUACCCCUUGAUCUGUCUUCAGAAGUUCAUAUAGUUGCAGUAGUGUAUAAAUUAAAUAUUGUGGGAAACAGUCUUGUAUUUUUCUGUAUGUGUGUAUAUAUAUAUAUGUAUAUAUAUAUAAAAAUUAUGUACUUCUGGCAGUUCUAUCUGUAUUUAAAGAUGUGACAAUCUCGACACCGAUUUUAAGCAUAGCCGUGAGACUGAAAUGAAUUAAAGAUAUCCCCACUGAGUAAGAAUUGAUGUUCAGAGGGUACAGAAUUAGCAACUGAUUUGGUCAGUUGCUCCCGAUGUUGGUUGAUUUUCCUCAUUGUGUAAACAUCAACAGGUAUGUGUCCAAUGGGAAAAAAUGUCCAGAUAAUAAAGUGGCAUAUUGGUGUUCAGCAAUA